UCGGCGUUUGUACUCCGGGACUUCUUCCCCUUCAUUCCCCCCGACCCCCGCGCCGCCCCCGACUUGGCCCGCCGCAUGGGGCUGCUGGGGUCGCUCCGGACCCGCGGAGUCUCGAGGUGGGGGAGCUGAAGGUUUAAGCAAGCCCUGACCUAAGGACAGCCCAAUGGCACUAGGUGAAGAAGACACAGAGGUGGAGGCAUCUGUGGACACGAAGGCCCAGUCUUAUGGGAGGCUGAGCUGCAGGGAGCGAGAGCUGCCACCCCAAGGCCCUCAGCCAGAGCGGCUCCCACACCUGGAAGCUGGUGGAGGGCCUGCCUCCUCUGAAUGGGGAGCUGAGGCUGGCAGUGUCCCUGGAACUUACCUGCCACAGGCCAACAGAGAGCCAGUGGUGAACAGGUAUAAGCCUUCCCUUGGCAGCCUGCUUCCUCCUGGCAGCAUGGGGACUGGAGACCUUUUACCCUCUGUGGGAAGCCAGGUGGAGGAAACCAAGCUUUCUGUCUCUCAGGAGCUACCUCAGAAUGUAAAUGUCCCCCAAACCACAGCUCUUUGCUCAGGACAUGAUGCUGAUACCGAAGAAGAUCCAUCCCCAGUUGAUUUGCCCUGGGGGCUGGGCCUUAGCCAGCAGCCUCCCCUCUCAGGUUUUCCUCCUCUGUCACGGUGGAAGUCCAUGGCGAGCCCGAGCGCCCCUCACUUCUCCAGCAGAAGUGUCUCUGCCUCCUCCACAGGCAGCAGUCUCCAAGGUCACCAAGACAAGGUGGAUCCUCAAAGUGGCUCCUUUGCCAAGGUUGCCUCCCUGGAGCUGGUUGUGCCCCAGGGAGGCCCCUCUGUAGUGGUGCCAGGGUCUCAGUUUCAGUGGUCACAGCCUGUAGCCUCUGGGAAUGAUGCUGUUGGCCAGGGCAGGAGGCACCUCUCCUUCCAGGCCGAGUACUGGGCCUGUGUACUGCCAGAUUCCCUGCCUCCUUCUCCUGACCGCCACUCCCCACUUUGGAAUCCAAAUAAAGAAUACGAAGACCUGCUGGACUAUACUUACCCACUGAGGCCUGGGCCUCAGCUCCCAAAGCAACUUGACAGCCAUGUGCUACAAGACUCAGGUGUAGACCUGGACAGCUUCUCUGUCUCGCCAGCAAGCACCCUCAAGUCACCCACUAAUGCCUCCCCUAAUUACUUAGCAGCAGAGGCACCUGCCCUGCCAUUUUCUGGCCCCAGAGAGUCAAGCCUUAAGCAGUGGCCCUCUAGAAUAUCCCAGAAGCAAGACAGCAUGGGCCUGGCAUCUUGGAACCAGCUUGCAUCAACACCUAGAACCCCAUGCAAUAGGGAUGCUCUGUGGGAGAGCAGAGCUGCAGCUCUGAGAGGUGCAAAGAACUGUCUACCUAUGGACAAGCACCUGGAGGUGGGCUCUCCCCAGCUGAACACAAGAGACAGAGGGCAGCCCUCAUCCAAGCCAGAGAGGGAGAAGAGAGCCAGUCAGAGUGUCCGCCACCCUGCUUGCAAAGAGUCUGGAUGGAAGUCAGAAGAGGAAGUAGAGAGUGAUGAUGAAUAUCUUGCCUUGCCUGCUAGGCUGACACAGGUUUCUAGUUUGGUUUCCUACUUAAGUGCAUUUCCCACCUUGGUAACCCUGCCCACUGGGGCUGCCAAGAGACAGAGUUCUCUAGAAGUAUCUGACAGUGGUGGGCCUGCUUCCCCCGCAUCAGACUCCAGCCGAAGCCAGCUUCCCUAUGGGUCUGCCUUCCAAGGGUCUGGUAUCCCUGAGUGCCAGAACCCCGGCGUCUUGCGCUCCAUUGUCCACAACCAGGACUCUACAGGGAGGGGCAGUCUAAUGAGCAACCAGGCCCUUAGAGUCUCCUCUGGACUGCUGAAGACACAUGCCUCAUUGCAGGCCAUGUCAGACAGGUGGCCAUUCUCAGACACAGAUGUUGGAGGGCAGCUUCCCAGGACAUCUGAAGAGCAAGAGAAAGCCUCGCUUGUGCAGUGUGUGCAGAUGUUUUGCUGUCAGCUUGAAGAGCUGAUCUGCUGGCUGUAUAAUGUCCCAGAUGUUGCCGACCUUGAAACUCCACCAAGGUCCAGUCUUAGCGAGCUCAAGUCUUCUCUGCAGCUAUACCGGCAAUUUAAAAAAGAUGUAGAUGAACAUCAAUCCUUGACAGAGAAUGUCUUGCAGAAGGGUGAAAUUCUUCUUCAGUGCCUGUUGGAUAACACCCCAGUUUUAAAGGAUGUCCUUGGGAGGAUUUCAAAGCAGUCUGAUGAACUGGAAAGCCAUGCAGAUCACCUUUAUGACUCUAUCUUAACAUCUCUGGACAUGCUGGCUGGAUGUACUCUCAUCCCUGACAAUAAGCCAGUGGCAGCAAAGGAACGGCCAUGUGAAGGGGUUUAACAUGGUGAAAACUUUCAGGUGAAAAAGCCAAAAAUUGGCUUUGGGAAGAAAACAUUCAAGAAGUCCUUGCAAGAGCCAAUAAUAAUUGGCAAGGGGAAAACUAAUGUGUCAACUUUAAAAAUCCCUUUCUCUUCUCUGAAGCAAGGGCUAUUGAAUGAUUUUUAUUUAUAAUGAAUCUUUCCCAAACUAAGGUUUUCCUUUUGGUGCUUCUCUACCAAAAGCAUGUGGCUUUGCUAUUAUGUUUUUUAUAUAUAAAAUUUAAUAAGACAGGAUCUUGCUUUCCCCUCUAUUCUGUAAAAAAUUGGAGACAAUUGUUCUUAAACUAUUCCACUUGCUGAGAGCAUUUACUGAAGGCUGGUCUAAGAAAGUUCACCUUACUAGGUAUUCUCAGGAAUGAAUAGAAGGGAGUCCAAGAGAGGAGGGAAGCCCUAAGAGUGAAACCUUAGGUCUUUAUGAAAGGGAGACAGGUUUGUGAAUUCUGCUUUGAAUAGAACAGCAUAACAAUCAGAAGAGAACAUAACCUUUAAUCUGCAGAAGAGAUGGAGCGUAUCAAAGAACCCCUAAAGAAUAUUUUGGGCAUAACAUCUUUUGCUAUCUUCAGGAUUUAGUUUUUCACCUUUGUGUUUAAAUAAUAUCUAAAAAAAAGAAAAAAGUCAGGGAGUUGGAAGAGACCUGCCACUGUGCUUUAGUAUGUCUGUGGGGCUAAUUAGUGUAAGGAAUCUCUGGGAUGAUUCAUCCCUUCAUUCCUACUUUCCUUUGGAAAACUUGCCCAAAGUUAAAGAAAGGAAUAGGUUCAUGACAGAAAAAAAAGAAAUUCUUUGUUGCUCAAGAGCUAACGUAAGUCAGGGAAAAAAAUCACAUUAGAUGAACCAUUUAAAGUAUCCAUUAUAUAUUUAAAAAAAAUACAUC